AUGACACAUCAGCAAUAUUUGAAUCUACAUCAAGCGCUGGAGAAUUUGGCAGGUGCCCUUAGCGAGUUAUCUUCCUCCACUAGGGAAUACGUGCGACAAGAACACCGUCCAUUUCUUUCUACUCGCUUCCGUCUUUUUGACGAGUACCUAGUCACACGCAGACCCGAAGGGUUCCUCCAGUUCAUUCGGCUUUUGCCGAAUGAGUUCGAGGACCUGUACGAGAAAAUUGGAAGCAGACUUGAGCACGCCCUUUGCCAUGCUGGACCCAUUGUCGGGCGCCAUCGGCUCAUGAUUUAUCUGAGAAUCGUCACCCAAGGCAUGUCAUUCUCGGCCUUCGCUUUGGAUAUGGGGCUUGGGAUAGAAACGGUCUCACAGGUGGUGGAGGAAGUAACUGAAGCUAUUAUAAGCGGACUGCAUAACGACGCAUUCCCUCCUUUGACGCUUGAGAUGUUGGAAGAGGUGGCGAGAAAAACCCAGGAGAGGUACGACUACCCUCGAAGCGUAGGGUUCAUGGAUGGUAAACACAUCAAUAUUAGGAAACCUGCGCACUCGGGUAGUAGCUUCUGGAACUACCUGAGUUACUACUCUAUUGUCUUGCUUGCGGUCUGCGAUUGCGACUACCGCAUCAUAAUAUAUGAUGUCGGAUCACCUGGUUGUAAUGGAGAUGCCGGAGUUUAUCGGUCAUCCAGUAUCAAGAGAUUUUUGGACGAGAACGACGCUAUUUUCCCACCAACUAGAGAGCUAGGCACAGUUGGCCCAGUUCAAUACCACUUUCUCGUCGAUGGUGGGUUUGGACAAAGUCAUAGGUUCGUGAGGCCGUACAGAGAAAGAGAGGCGAACACACCUGACAGGAAAAGGUUUAACAACAAAAUGUGCCGAGCGCGACGGUUGAUUGAAUCCACAUUUGGACUACUCGCGCAACGAUUCCAGAUCCUCAUGAAUCGUAUUGAACUGGAGCCCAUUCGUGCUGAACGAAUCGUCAUAUCGGUUAUGAUUUUGCAUAACCUGCUUCCACGAAGGGAAGACAGCCUAGCUGGCGUCCGAAGACAUAAUCCUGCACCAGAUGGCUACCAUCCCCUUCAAAUCGACGAGGAGGAAGCAGGAAGAGACUCACCCAAUAUUGCAAAAGAUCGCAUUACCCAGCAUUAUGUCAACUUAUACGGACAUGCAGCUUGA